UUGAUUCAAUACCUCUGUCACAAAGGUAUGCUUCAUUCGUAACAAGUCGAUCGCUUUUCCUUGAAAUUUCUCAUUAGUUCAUAGUAAGCCGACUUUCCUUUCAUCAAGACAUUUAAACUGUUUCUAUAGAAACGCAGCAUCAACAGGCGAGAGACGAAAUUAUCACUGAGAAAUAAUUGAUAGCUUCAACCAUUUUAUUUUACAGGUACACAAUGCUAGAGUUUGUCAGCUUCACGUUGCUGUUUGUGGCGCUGCUUAUUCUCAUACAACGACAAAUUCGUAGUUUGAAAAUCAAGGUGCAACAUGAUUGUUACGUCAUGAUAACAGGGUGUGACUCGGGUUUCGGUAACUUGCUGGCGAAACGACUGGACAGUCUAGGAAUUAGUGUAUUUGCUGGGUGUUUAACGAAACAAGGAGGGAAGGAUCUAAGGAAGUCUACUUCUGAUCGAGUUGUUAUCAUUGACCUUGAUGUCACCAACCACGAAAGCGUCGCUAACGCUUAUGGAGAAGUGAGGAGCAGACUUCCCGGUGGAAGAGGGCUAUGGGGACUCGUAAACAACGCCGGUAUAUUUGGGCAUAGUUGUUACGUUGCAUUUGAUUGGUUAAACAUCGACGAAUACAAAUCCGUGAUGGGUGUUAACCUGUAUGGAGCUAUAGAAGUAACGAGAGUAUUUUUGCCCUUGGUCAGGAUAGAGAAAGGCCGUAUUGUUAAUACAACCAGCGUGUCGGGUAGGGUUGCUAUCGGCGGUGCACCGUACGUCUGUUCAAAGUUCGCAGCGGAGGGAUUCGCCGAUACUUUGAGGACCGAGCUGUGGAAAUCGGGGAUAUCCGUUCAUAUAAUAGAACCAAGUGGGUACAAAACAAACUUCUGCUCUGGGGAGGCUAUCAUAGAGGAUAUCUGGAAACAGUAUCGGAGCCUAGACGAAGAUAUACGACAAUACUAUGGAGAAGACUUUGUUCGAAGAUUAACAACUAGUUUGGAUUUCGAUGGCAAUAUGUCUUCAAACCUUGAUCAAGUGAUAAAUGCCUAUACGCAUGCGCUAACUGCCCGCUUUCCAAAGGCCCGUUACGUGGUAGGCUGGGACGCAAACACCUUGUAUCGAUUUUUGUGGACAGUUCCAGAAUGGCUGUGUUCAUUCCUUCUAAGCAGAUCCUGGCCAACCCCCCGCGGAGUUCAUCUUCAUCACAAGUAAUUACACUUGGUGAGAAAUAUGUGUUGUGACUUCCGGUUAAGAUAAAUAUAGAACCAGCAUAGUGUCUUACUAUUAUGAUGGAUAUCAAUAAGCUUCUUGAUUCGGGCGAUGGAUGAACAUGACAAGAUAUACGUAUUUAUUGUGGACACAAAUACCAGUGUAAAGAUAGAAUUAUAUACAUUUCAAUAGGUUGUCAUGAUUACUGAUAUCAUUAAGAACCAGUUUCAAUA